UACAAUUUGAAUCCACUCAGCAGAUUCCCUCCUCAGCCAGAUCACUACUCUGCUCCCUGGCAACCCAGAGGACACUAUUGUGACCCUGAAAACUGGCCCAGAAAUCCAGAUUACUUCAUGAACGACAGCAUCGCUCAGGGAAGUGUCUCAGUUAACAUGCCCCAGUUCUCCGUCCCUCCUGUGGAGGGUGUGUCACAGGUCAGCGUUAGGAACCGAAGCUCAGCAGAGGCCUCCGUUUCGCAUCAACACGAGACAAGAAGAAGCAUCAGUCUACCGGAUGAGUGCCGAAAUGUUUUCAUAACUUAUUCUUUGGAUGCUUCUUCUGAGAUCGUUCCCUUUGUAGACUUCCUGACAAAGCAAGGAUUUCGACCAGCUAUUGACAUAUUUGACAACCCCGUCAGAUGCAUGGAUAUCAACAAGUGGAAGGACAGUUAUCUGAAAGAUCCAUCAACCCUAAUGAUCAUCGCCAUCAGUCCAAAAUACAAAGACGACAUCGAAGGCUCUGUUGUUGAUAGUCAUGGUUUGCAUACUAGAUAUAUUCACUCCAUGAUGCAAAGUGAAUUUAUUCAGCAAGGAAGCUUAAAUUUCAGAUUCAUACCCGUUCUCUUCCUCAAUGCAUCACAGAAGCACGUCCCAACUUGGCUCCUGAACACGCGCGUCUACCGUUGGCCGCAGGACACAGAAGAUUUGUUACUCCGGUUGCUCAGGGAGGAGAGAUAUGUCCCCCCUCCUGUUUCCAUGGACCUCACCCUCAUCAUUAGGCCUGUGACCCCCAGCUCUGCAGCUACUCUGUAAAACAUACAUUGGUUAUUGCAUUUGUGUAGCAUUUGUUUGACAAUUUGUUUCUUAUUGUCUUUAUUUGUAAUAUUUUGCAGUUUGUGUACUUUAAAAUGUCUUUUGUAUGCACCAUUUUAAGUCAAAAACAGCUCAUGUAACAAUCUUAAUUUGUAGGCCAACAGAUGUUUUCUCAUGUGUCAAUAAAGCUUUUUUCACUGUGUUCAAAGACAUUAGCACACAGCAGUUUAAACUUUGAACAGGAGUCAACUGUUCCAAACUCUUGUAAUGUUAAAUAAUAUAGUCAGUUUCUGUGAGUCCAAAUGUAUUUACUCUGUUUUCAGUCAGUGCUGUAGGUUGUCGUCUUUAGCUGCCAUGACUCAGUAAUUGCAUUUU